ACCACCAAACGGGUCGGUUCACUUCCACUAAGGGAUGCUCUGACUAGAUUCUAGCUCCAUUUAUCCAAAGCUCACGUUUAUCGCUAAUAAUACACAUAAAAUGGCAUUUAGAGACAUCAACGAGUGUCUGAUAGAAGAAGUGAAAAGGUAUCCUUGCUUGUACGAUGCCACCCGCGAAGACUAUAAGGAUAUAUGUAAGAAGAAGAUAUCGUGGGAAGCGAUAUCGAAACGCAUGAACAUCGAAGAGCAAUUUUUAAGAAAAAGAUGGGGUAAUCUACGUGAUCGAUACCGAAAAGUAGUGAAAGAAAGGCAACAUCCCAACGAUCCUACAGCCUGUAAGAAGAAAGUUUGGAAAUACAGUAAAAUUCUGACGUUUCUAACGUCCCUCAACAAUGAUAUAAAUACACCGGAACCCGUAGAUUUAUGUCACUCAACACAUUCCGUUUGUAAUGAAAAUGAUAUUUUUCUUUCACAGGAUGCUUCCUUCCAUAUAUCAUCAAUUGAUGAUCAGGAUGAAGAAGAGAGUGAAGCUCAUGAUGUAGAACCUUUCUCGUGUGAAUCGAGUAAUAUAUGCGACAAGAGUCUAAUCUUCUCCAAUGACAAUAUAUCAUACGCUAAUGGUACAAAACGAAGGAAAAUGGAAGAAAAUUGGAAAAGCGAAUUAAUAAAAAUUUUGAAAGCAUCACACGACGAAGAUCUAAUACAAAAGGAUAGCGAUUAUUAUUAUUGUUUAUCAUUGGUAGAUCGAUUUAAAAGAAUAAAAUCGAAUAAAAUUAAAAAUAAAUUACGUUUGACAAUAGAACAAGCUUUUGCCGAUGCUGAAGAUUGUGAAUAGAAUCUGUUUAAAUUUAAAAUAUAUACGUGUAAAUAAAAAUAUUUUUAUUGUUUGUCAGACUUUUUUUUAUAAUUAUAUCAAUAAAAGAAUUCAUUUCAUUUUUUUAAU